AUGUUUUUUUUUAUGACUAUAGAUGAACAGAGAACUAGAACAGAAAAAUCAAAUGACUCCACAUUAAUAGAAUUCAUUCUCCUGGGGUUUUCAGAUAUUUCUCGACACCAGGGGCUUCUAUUUGGAAUGUUUUUACUCAUAUAUUUGACUAUUCUGAUGUGCAACAGCAUUAUAAUUCUAAUAACAAGAACUGACCCUGCUCUUCAGACACCGAUGUAUUUUUUCCUUAGCAACUUUUCUGUUGUAGAAAUCUGUUAUGUAACAGUCACUAUCCCAAGGAUGCUUGUGGACCUGUACAAUCAAAAAGGAAAUAUCUCUAUAUCUGAAUGUGCCACCCAAAUGUGCUUUAUCCUUAUGCUUGGAGGCACAGAGUGCCUCCUACUAACAGCUAUGUCCUAUGACCGUUAUGUGGCCAUUUGCAAUCCUCUGCACUAUGCUUUAGUUAUGAACCACAGAGUGUGUGUGCAUCUGGUGGCUUCCUGCUGGCUCAGUGUCAUUCCAGUCGUGAUUGGACAAACUUACCAGAUUUUCUCACUUCGCUUUUGUGGCUCUAACAGAAUUAAUCACUUCAUCUGUGACAUCCCUCCAGUGCUCAAACUUGCUUGUGGAAACACAUUUAUAAAUGAGAUAGCCGUCUAUGUAGUUGCCAUGGUGUUUGUCAUGGUUCCCUUUGUGCUGAUCAUUGUUUCUUAUGGCAAAAUUAUCUGCACCAUUCUGAAACUGUCAUCAGCCAAAGGGAAAGCCAAAGCCUUCUCCACCUGUUCCUCUCACCUGAUAGUUGUAGUCCUGUUCUACGGAACAGCGAGUGUAACUUACUUACAACCCAAACCAGAUCAAUCAGAAAGCAUUGGAAAGCUUUUGUCUCUUUUCUACACCAUUUUGGUCCCACUCUUGAAUCCCAUUAUAUACACUCUGAGGAACCAGGACAUCAUGAUGGCACUGAGAAAACUACUCAGUAAGAUGCUAACAUGA